AUGUCAAGUGAGGAUCCAAGUACCAAAGAACUCAAUACUUUCGUGUAGACUUUGUUGAAAUAAAUGUCAGAACGCUUUGAGGAAAUGCAAGGCACUAUAGUUUCAAGAAUUGAUGACAUGGGAAAGAGAAUCGAUGACAUUGAAAAGAGUGUUACAGAAUUGAUGAAUGAUUUGGGAUUUUCAGAUGAAGAAAAUGAAAAAUAAAGGUGAAUUAAAUAUUCAUUAAAUAUAUUUUUAUUUUUAUUGAACCUACUCCC